UGUUUACAAUAUUUUCAGGUGGCCUCCAGAGACAUGGAUAUCUUCAUGGAAGGGGAUUUCAAUGUGACGGGUAACACCAGCUAUAAUACAGAACAAGAAAGACAAGAAAGCAGCAAAAGACUCAACCACAGUGACCCCCUGGACAUGUUUGUAGGCAUGGAGCUUCUUCUACGUUUCAAACCUCUCUUCCUGCCUCUCUACUGUCUCGUAGUGGUCGUGGCAGGUGUUGGAAACUCGUUCCUGUUGGCUUGCAUCUUGUCUGACAAGAAACUCCACAAUGCCACCAACUUUUUCAUCGGUAACUUAGCAGCUGGAGACCUGUUGAUGUGUUUGACUUGUGUUCCACUGACUGUGUCCUAUGCCUUUGACAGCCGUGGUUGGGCUUUUGGGAAACCGCUCUGCCACUUGAUACCCUUGCUGCAAUGUGCCACAGUAUUUGCAUCAGUGCUUUCACUCACAGCCAUUGCUGUGGAUCGCUACAUUGUUGUAGCUCACCCAAUUCGGAGAAGGAUCUCUGCAUGGGGUUGUGGUGCAGUGGCUCUGGGUGUCUGGCUUUUAUCUCUGGCCCUGGCUGCACCUCCUUCUCACUACACACGCUAUCUGGACCUGAGACCCAAUGGCAUCAACCUGAUAGUGUGUGAGGAAAUCUGGCCACAUAGUGGCAAUCUGCGGCUGCUCUAUUCUUGCUUCAUUCUCAUAGCCUCUUAUAUGAUCCCGCUGCUGUCGGUCAGCGUAUCCUACUGUGCCAUUACUGUCAGCCUAAAACGCUAUUCAGUACCUGGGGAGCCCUCCAACAGCCAGCAGCGCUGGAGCCAAAGGAGGAGGAGGACCUUCUGUCUGCUGGUGGCCUCAGUGCUGGCUUUCGCCCUGUGUUGGCUGCCCCUGCAGGUGCUGAACCUGUUGCUGGACCUGGACCCAGACUUCCACAUCAUAGGGAAGCGCCACAUAAAUGUCUUACAAGUCUGCUGUCAUUUAGUGGCUAUGAGCUCUGCAUGCUACAACCCCUUCAUCUAUGCCUCACUGCACAGCAAGGUGCGCAUGCACCUGAAAGGCUACCUCUGUCCUUGUCGCAGUCGUCAGAAAGGGAUGGAGGAAAGGGCGUCAUCCAGUGGCAGAGUGGCAAUCAGGAGAGUCAAGACUUUUCCCGGGUGGCCGGUAGUGUUUCGAGGCCGCGAGGGCCGGUCUGAUAAUAGCUAUACAUUGCCCCCCCAAGGGCCGGUGGUCUACGCCGCUGGCGUCAUCUAG